AUGAACAAGCACUCACUGCCCCCGCUCCCUUCCAUUCAAGGGGAGCUCAUGCUCGACGUAUAUACACACCGGUCGAUGCUGAGCAAAGACGUAGACGAGAGUACUGUGCAUGGAAAUACCGAGCGACUGGCUGAGCUAGGCAGCUCCGUGCUCAGUAUGAUCGUCGUGUACGUCCUGUACUCAGAGAAACCAAUGCUUCCCGCCCAUGAUCUUAAAAUGCGCCAAGCUGACAUCCUAAGCGACAAGAACAUCGCAGACUGGCUGUCUCUUUAUGGACUAAAGGCCAAAAUUCGUUGUACAGACAGAAGCGUACUUGACAGACCCGAAGAAGCUCGUUUUCUCUUUAAUUCUUAUGUCGGAGCAGUGUACACCCAGAAGGGCUUGCAAGAAGUCAUGAACUGGGUUGGACGCCUGGUCAAUCCUGCCUCGGAGCCUCCGGCAGUCCCAGGAGAUACAUCCAACAACCAGCCCGCUGCAACGCCGCCGCCGCCUCCACCACCUCCGACGUAUUAUUCCCAACCCCCACCUCCACCAAGCACUGCUCCACCUCCAAUGCCAUCGAUGCCGCCGCCGCCGCCCUCUCAGGGUGUGCUUGCGAUAUUCAAUCAAACUUGUAUGCAAAGAGGACUCACAGUAGAGUGGAAACCGGAAAUGACGGGACCACCACACAAUCCGAGGUGGGAAGUGAAGUGUAUCGGUGAGCCUUAA